AUGAUAAAAAAACAAACUUCUGGUGACACUUAUUGUGGUGCCGACAGAGGGAUUUUUAAAUGGUCGCAAACCAUAUCGGAUUUAGAUGUUGUUCUUAAUUUAGCACCGACAAUACAAUCUCCGUCGGAUAUAAGAGUUAAAACUUGUUCGGAUAAUAUUUUAGUACAAUUACAAAUAAGUCAAAAUAAUUGGGAAACAAUUUUAGAGGAUUCAUUUACGGAUAAAAUAAAACCUGAUGAAGUUGUUUGGACGUACGAACCUGGAAAAUUAUCCAUUCAUUUAGAAAAACAACAGGAAAAAUGGUGGGAUUCUUUUUUAACUAAGGAACCUAAAAUAAAUUUACAAGAAAUGGAAUUAACAAGGCCCGUGUCCGAUUUAUCUGAAGAAGAAGAAAUGACACUUCAAAAACUAUGGAACGAACAACUGGAAAAAAUUUGUAAAAUUAAAAGUGAAUCAUAG